AUGGUCUCUGAAAAGGGCCAAGGACGAAAAACGACGUUGAGAUGGAUGCGUGUGGUUAUCAAAGAUGGACGCAAGACGAAGGAUGGGGACUCAGAGUGGUUGAAGAGAGGAGAAGAAGAAGAGGAAGAAGAGGAAGAAGAGGAAGAAGAGGAAGAAGAGGAAGAAGAGGAAGAAGAGGAAGAAGAAGAAAAGCGUGAGCGUUAG